AACUGGCACUUUAGCAUUAAACAAUGAUAAAUCCACCAAAGCAAUAGAAAACAAUAGGAAAAGGGGGGAGUUGCCACUCUAAGGCCCAACAAAUGAAGAAGUCCCUUCUCCCUUAAUAAUUUUUCUUCCUCUUUUUGUUCUCUCCCUCAAAGAGAUAUCUCUCUCUCUCUACAGCAGCAAAAAGAUAUGAUUUUAGAGGGAGAAGAGAAGGAGGAAGAGACAUCAUGUGGGUCUCCCAAAAGUGUGGCCAAACAAUGGAACAACAAAUUGUUGCCAAUGAAUCUUUUGGAUGAGUACUGGUUCUUUCACAACACCUUGCAUGGUAGUAGAAGAGUAGUAGUCCCACAAACACCUCUUCCUUCGCCCAACAAGUCUAAGGAAAUGAGCCUUAUGAGCUCAAUUCAGCACACUAAGGCGGAAAAAUCGUCGGUAGGCGAUUCUUUCGCCGAUCGAGCGCUUCUGCGAGCACCGUCCCCACCGCCGCUCCACGCAGGGCGGAAGGAGACCGCCGCUGAGGAAGAAAACGACGAAGAAGUCGAUGUACCUCGGACCUCAACUUCAUCUUCUACACCAAACAAUAAUAAGAAGCCACCCCUCCUUCGAGCCCCUUCGAUGCCGUCGCCGCAGAAUUCUUUCAACUACUUUGAUAGUAGUAGUAGUAGUAGUCCUAAGAAAAAUUUGAUGCGAAAUGCGAGCAUGGGGAGGAACCAAGUGCCCCGGCACACGAGAAAAUGCUGCUGCUGCUGCACCAGCUUGCAUUACAAUUACACGAGAGCAUUUCAAGAGAAGAAGUGGCGGAGCUCGAGCGAUCUCGAGUCGAUCGAGGUGCAGGGGUUCAAAGAUCUGGGGUUCGUGUUCGACGAAGUAGGGCCGAACGAUGAGAGGCUCGCGAGCGUGAUCCCCGGCCUUCGCGAGAAGAAGGCUCACGUCGACGACGACGGUGGCAGUAGCAAUGUCAAGAGGCCGUAUUUGUCGGAGGCGUGGAAUGCGCAGAGACCGGCCCCGCCGACGCUCAAAUGGGUGGCGGCCGAUAAGCGAUCGGCGGCCGACAUGAAGGAGCAGCUGAAGUUUUGGGCCAGGGCGGUGGCUUGCAAUGUCCGGCAGGAAUGCUGAUUAACAAAUUUACUUAUUAUUCCAAAUUUCUUGUUCAAUUCUAAUUGGUUUAUAUUUUUUAAUUAAAUUUAUUUUUUUAAAAAAAUAAA